AUGCCUGCCCGUAACGACCGCCAAAAGCUCCGCAAAAGCAAGUCUGAGAGCAUCAUUCACGGCCGUGUGCCCAGUAAGAAGACGCUGAAAAAGCAGAUCCGUAAUGGAAAAUACUCGCUGAAACGUUUGGCUGAAAAGGGUGUUGAAUUGGACGACUUGAUGACAGACGUCACACCUCUCAAUUUGGAUCCCGCUUUGGAGAAGAAACUGAAGAACAAAAACAAGGCCUCCAAGCUGUUUGCUAGUGGCGCUGAUGUGAAGAAGGAUUCCGACACUGCAGCUAUGGACGUGCAAUCCACUGGCCGCGGAACCAUUCUCGGUGCUCCUGCCAUGUAG